AGAAAGAGGGUCUUCACCUCAGUUCUAAGCACAAGGUGAAAGAUGACAAGUUCUAUCAACAAUGGUUCCUCUCCAUGUAACUCACCAGCCCAAACCCAAUCCACAGGUGGAGAGGUUAAUGAUAGUCCAAUAGAGCAAGUGAGGCUCACAGUUCCGAUUACCGACGAUCAAACGUUGCCAUGUCUAACAUUCCGAACAUGGGUAUUGGGGAUCUCUUCAUGCGUUCUGCUUUCCUUCAUAAACCAGUUUUUCCGGUACCGACAGAACCCGUUGAAUAUCAGAUCCAUUUCAGUCCAAUUAAUUAUUCUUCCGGUGGGAAAGUUAAUGGCUGCGACGUUGCCGGAGAAAAUAAUAACGGUGCCGAUGACUGGGUGGUCAUUCUCAUUGAACCCAGGACCAUUCAACAUGAAAGAGCACGUUCUCAUUACCAUCUUUGCUAACGUUGGAAGUGGUGGCGUUUAUGCACUCCACAUUGUCACCAUUCUCAAAGUUUUCUACAAGAAGGACAUCCAACCCAUUCUUGCCGUCUUGCUUGCUCUAUCCACCCAGAUGCUUGGAUAUGGUUGGGCUGGUCUCUUCAGGAAGUACUUAGUCGAUUCACCCUACAUGUGGUGGCCAGUCUCCCUCGUUCAAGUGUCCCUAUUCAGGGCUUUACAUGAGAAGGAACGUAGGCCAAAGGGUAGAUUGACAAGACUUCAAUUCUUCCUCAUAGCCCUUGGUUCCUGCUUUGCUUACUCUGUUAUCCCAACCUAUUUAUUCCCAUCAAUAACUGCACUCUCUUUCAUUUGUUGGAUAUGGCCCAACUCAAUCACAGCCCACCAAAUCGGUGGAGGUGUACAAGGUCUGGGCCUUCUAUCAUUUGGGCUUGACUGGAAUGUGGUCUCAUCCUUUUUAGAUAGUCCAUUGGCCUUCCCUGCCUACUCCAUAAUUUGUUCCCUUGUGGGUGCCUUCCUUGCACUUUAUGUUGCAGUCCCAAUCGUUUAUUGGACUAAUGCCUUUGAAGCCAAGCGAUUUCCCAUCUUCUCAAGCCACACAUUUGAUGAAUCUGGAAACCACUACGAUGUCACACGGAUCUUGAACCAGGAGACUUUAACUUUUGAUCAACAAGCUUAUGAUAGUUACAGUAAGGUCUAUCUCAGUAUCAUUUUUGCAUUUACUUAUGGUACAAGCUUUGCAGCAUUAGCUGCUACUGUCUCUCAUGUGGCCCUUUUUAAUGGAAGAUCAAUUUGGAGACAAAUGAGGUCAAGCAUACAAGAUAAGUAUGGAGAUGUUCAUAACAGGUUAAUGAAGAAUUAUGUCUCAGUUCCACAAUGGUGGUUUUACACAAUCUUUGUGGUAGUGCUUCCAUUUGCUAUUUUUACUUGUGAAGGUUUUGGUGGAAAACUACAACUUCCUUACUGGGGAGUCCUAUUAGCCAUCACUUUGGGUCUAGUUUUUACAUUGCCCAUUGGUGUAGUAAAAGCAACUACAAACCAACAACCUGGACUAAAUGUGAUCACAGAGCUAAUUUUCGGUUAUCUUUACCCGGGGAGACCCAUAGCCAAUGUAGCUUUCAAGACAUAUGGUUACAUAAGUAUGGAUCAAGCAGUCUUUUUCCUUUCAGAUUUAAAGCUAGGACACUACAUGAAGAUCCCUCCAAGGUCUAUGUUCUUAGUUCAGAUGGUAGGGACAUUGAUCAACAACCUUACCACAUUUGGGACCGCUUGGUGGCUUCUUAAUAGUGUGGAGAACAUUUGUGAUAUUAGUGAAUUGCCCAAAGGAAGUCCAUGGACAUGUCCAGGUGACAAUGUCUUCUACAGUGCUUCUAUCAUAUGGGGUGUGGUUGGUCCACUUAGAAUGUUUGGGAAGCUUGGUGUCUAUACAAAAUUGAAUUGGUUUUUCCUUGUUGGUUUGAUUUCACCAUUGCCAGUUUGGCUGUUAAGUCACAAGUUUCCACAACACAAAUGGAUAAAACUCAUUCACAUGCCUCUCAUCUUCUUAAAUGCUUCUUCCAUGCCAGAGGCAAAGGCUGUUAACUAUUGGACUUGGGGAGUAGUUGGUAUCUUCUUCAAUGUUUAUGUGUAUAGAAGGUACAGAGGAUGGUGGGCUAGGCAUAAUUAUGUUCUCUCAGCAGCCUUAGAUGCAGGGGUUGCUUUCUUGGUUCUCCUUGCCUAUUUCACUCUCCAAAUGAAUGGUAUAUCUGGUCCUGAUUGGUGGGGUGCAGAUGAAGGGGAUCAUUGCCUUUUAGCAACUUGCCCUAGAGAUCCAAAGAUUAUGGUUGAUGGCUGCCCAGCCUAGUCAUGAGAUUAUUACUUCUCUUUUUU